UGGCUGCUAUCAAGAAAUCAGAUUUUCCUCUUGUCUGCACACUCACAAGGAGGAACCAAGAGAGCUCUGUUUCAAGAAGAUUCCAAGUCGGGGUGACAUAAGCAAAGAGAAGACACCAUCGGUCUCCUGCACCGGAAGCCACCCAACCUCAAUGGGGCAGCGUGGCCCCAUCAUGUGACUUGCGCACUGACUGCUGGGAGCCUCACGUCCUGCCACUGCCUCACAAGCAGAGUCUGCGCACUUGGGCGCCCCAAUCGACUGCCGAGCUUUUGUUGGAGAAGAAGUUUGUGCUCCCAGGAUAUGAUGGCAAAUCACGUUGUAAAACCUGAUUCUAGAAAUUGCAAGAGGCCAAGAGAAGUGGAGCCUCAAAUGCCAGAUAAUCCAUUGCUGUCCUCUGUUGGAAAAUCAGAUUCACCAUUCUCUGACUGUUCUGGACUAUUUUAUAAAGAUGAGGCCCUGGAGAAAGAGUUGAAUGAUACAAGCAAGGAAAUUAAUGUAAUGUUUUUUGCAUAUGCGAAGAUCUUAAGUGAGAGAGCAGCAGUAGAUGGAUCCUACCUUAAUGAGAUUGAUGAACUCUUCAAAGAAGCUGAUAUUAUUGAGAACUUUCUGAUACAAAAAAGAGAGCACCUGAGACAGAGGCUUACAGUGAUUACAAAUACACUGAAAAGAUAAAAUGUGUACUUAAAAUAAGUUGAGAAUUUAAACCUGUUAUUGUUGUAAUAAAAGAAUGACCUUUAUACUCUGAAAGCUCCCUAGUUGGUAAAGAAAAUGUCUAUCUGAAACAGAGGAUUGUUUUCUAGACUUAAGGACUUUAAGUAAGCUGGACAUUAAUAUGAAGUAUGAAACUUUUCUUUUUUUUGGUACUGAGGAUCGAACUCAGAAUCUUGCCCUUGUGAGGCAGGCGGCAGCACCACUGAGUUAAAUCCCCAGCCCAGAACUUUUCUUUUGAGGGUUAAAUAUUUGUCACAUUUUCUAAAAAUACAAAUUAUUUAAAUCUUUCAUAUAUAAAAUCUUUUUUUUUCAUUUCCCUUAGACUUCUACCCUUUCUUAAACUUCUAGAAGAGGACUCAGUUAAUUUUAUUAUGUUUAACAAUAGUGUACUUUUUUCUUUUAGACUACUUUGAUUAAGUGGCAGAUAGUUUUAGGGAGAAUUUUGAAAUGUUUUUAAUGGUCAGUACUAUAAAAGAACUUUAAACAUGAAAGGUAAUUCAUCUAGUUUCACAAUAUGUAAUAAAAUAUAACUGUGCUAUUGCUAUAUGAUAGUACCAUUUGAUUAUUUUCACUAUUAGUUUUUAUAUAUGACUAAUAAAAGUUUGGCUUAAAAUUAUUUUCUUCUGAUAAAGUAGUAAAAUAAAAACCAGAAAAUACUAACUAGCACCUUGUAUGAAUGGGUUUUUACACAUUAAUUACAUCAGUGUGAGUAGCUAGUGAGUUGUAUUCAGAAGCCUUAGCAGCACUAUGGUAUGGGAUAGAAAUUAGUGAUCCAGAAGUAAGGAGACUGGCUUAAACAAGAUAACUUUGGCAAGUCACUUCAAUCUUAUUAUAAGGUUUUUGUUUUUGUUUUUGUAUUUUGAUACAGAGUCUUCCUUGGUAGUGCAGGCUGGCCUUAAACUCACUAUGUUGCCCAGGGUGGCCUAAAACUCUUGGUGAUCCUCUUGCUUUGGCUUUCCAAGGGCUGGGAUUACAGGCAAGCACCACCAUACCCAAUGAAUCCUAUUAUACUUUGAAAGUUAAUUUGGGCUAAAGGAUCUCUACUACUCAGAUUAACAAUUUCUUCCUUUGAUAUAAAGUACUGCUAUGAUUUUAUUAAGAAGGUUGGUAUGCUAUAUAAGUACAUGAGAUAAGUAUAUUAACCAGAUUUUAAAAAAUCACAGUACCUAUUUUUCAAUCAUGUUGAUAGUUCAUUUCUUUUAUGUAUUUUUUUCAAUAUAAGCAAUCACAAAUUAGGAUACAUUUGCAAAAGGUACACAGGGAAUUGGUAUGCCUAAAGACAGCGUGUUUGUCUUCCUGCCUUCUAGCUGUAAAGUAAAAUUUCAUUUCAUUAGAUUACUAUUUUAGGGCAUAAACAUCACAUUACAUAAAUACCUAUACAAGAAAGAAUGAUGAAAGUAAAAUAAUAUUUACUUUAAAAACUGGUUAAAUUGACAGGAUAGGUUAGAGGUCAACAAAGUACUGGAAAUG